CUAGAACAAAGCAUUCAGGCGCAUGCGCUCGUUAAGUCAUUAGAAUAAUCAAGCUCUACCAUUUCAUAAAGUAAUGGGGUUUGUGUAGUCCUACCACUAUAAAAGGGUAUGGUGUGUUACGGAUAUGAUAAAAUUUGUUCAACCUGUGUCAAACGCUGUCAAACGCGUCAAGUUUCUCACAUUAUUUACAACACACACAAAACGAAAAUCAAGUGAACUUAUUGUACCAUGGAUUCCAUGAGGGCCGGGAGAUUAGUCACUGCUUGCCACCCUGACAAUUAACAGUUUUUGCUUUAUUCAUUGGUUUUUGCUAUACCUAUUGAUUCUAUUUGGUUUUGCGUGGUUGGUGAUGUUUGUGUUAACAAAUGUCUGCUACCAUCGUUAAAAUCGAAUCUAAUAGAGAAGAGGAAAUAAAUACAUUCAUUGAAGAAAAGGUGCUCCUUGCAAAUGAUGUUUACGUCCCUAUAAAGCGGGAAGUAAAUGAGAUCGUUCUCAGUACAGUUCAUUCAAAUGUCGCACAAAAGGAAGAUAAAAAUACGCACAACGUCCUGUUAACAUACAAGAAAUCCAAGGAUUUAAUAUGUGCACAGUGUUCUUUUGCAACGCUAAAUAAAUUCCAAUUUAAAAAACAUCAGUUGGUGCACAAGGCUACCAAGGAUUUUAAGUGUGCCCAGUGCGACUAUGCAUCCCAUCGAAAGUACAAUUUGAAACAACAUUCUUUGACGCACGAGACUUUCAAAGAGUUCAAAUGUUCCGAGUGUGAUUAUACAACCAAACAUAAAUGGUAUUUGAAAACACAUUCGUUGGUACAUCAGACCACAAAAGAUUUAAAAUGUGCUCAGUGUAAUUACGCAACCAAUAAUAAAUUGCAUUUGAAAAAACACUCAGUGAUACACAAGGCCUCAAAGGAUUUAAAAUGUGCCCUUUGUGAUUACGGAACUAAUAAUAAAUCCAAUUUUAACAUACAUCUCUUAAACCACAAGGUUUUCAAGGAAUUCAAGUGCACUAAUUGCGAUUAUGAAACGAAUAAUAAAAAUUACCUUAAAAGACAUAUGAUAAUACACAAAACUUCCAAAGAUCUACAAUGUGACGGGUGUGAUUAUGCAACAAAUAGUAAAGUUCAACUUAAGAACCAUGCGUUAACACACCUGGCUACCAAAAAAUUAAAAUGUGCCCUGUGUGAUUAUUCAACAAAUUACAAACCCAAUUUUAUGACACAUCAGUUGAUACAUAAAUCUUCCAAAGAUUGGAAGUGUGCCCAGUGUGACUACGCAACCAGUAAUAAAUCCUAUAUGAAGAGACAUAUGUUAAAGCACAAAACUAAAACGGAUUUCAAAUGUGCCCGGUGUAAUUACGCAACGAAUCAUAAAUCCCAUUUUAAGUGUCAUGUAUCAACACACCAAACUAUCAGAAAGUACAAUUGUGCCCUUUGUGAAUAUGCAACUAAUAAAAGAUACGAUUUAAAAAAGCACGUUUCAAAACAUAAUAGUUCAAAUUAUAUACAAUGUGCUCAGUGUGAUUACAAAACCUGUAACAAAUCCCAUUUUAGAACACAUCUCUUUAGACACAAGGUUUUCAAAGAUUCUAAGUGUGUUUUUAAAUGUGCCCAUUGUGAUUAUGCGACCAAUAAUAAAUACCAUCUUAAAAGACACCUCUCGGCCAAGAAACAUGUUUCUAAGAAAGAUAUGUAGUUUUGUUUAAUUACGUUUCACUGGUUCAGCGGAUCACAUCGUUAGUGGACACCUUAUAACUUCAAUCACGAAACUGUUUUGCAAUGCACAACUGAUCAAGAAACGUAUUAGUACUUACGUAAAAGUUCCUAUAAUGUUUUUGUGUAUGAAACACAUCAGGGAAUAUUAUUAAUUACAGCUUAAUCAGUUAGUUUUCAAUGAACGUUUGUUUCUUUUACAAAUUAUAAUAAAGA